AUGAUGGAUAAAAUCUACCGAAGCGCAAAGCGUGUGCUUGCCUGGCUGGGACCUGGGGGUGGCAAUGACGAGGCCGGCUUGCAGAUUCUAGAGAGACUAUCGCAACUCCCAAAACCUCGUCACAUAGAUGACCCCAUGGGCCUCGAAGCAUCAGAAUGCCUCCUCAUCAAGAGAUUUCUCGACCUCCCAUUGUUUCGGCGAUUUUGGACCGUUCAGGAGUGCGUCCUCAAUACCGAUGUCACUCUAACUUGUGGCGAAUCUGAAAUUACGUUUCCAAGACUCCUUGCGGGCUUGAAAAUGUUUGAUAUACAUUUCAGAUUCUUCGUUGUGCCACAAGGAUUCCCAGGGCUUUGCGCAAUCAGAAAAACAGCGGACUUAUGGAACAAGUAUUCGUUUGCUGAAAGCAUUCAAGGAGGUGGGCAAAUGGCCAGACGGUGGGCGAUUCGCGAAAGCGAAACUGCAAAGGAUGAGACAUCCACGGUAGAACCAUUUGACAUACUCGCUUUGGUACACGAGUUCACAGAAAAUAACUGUAGUGAUGACCGAGACCGCAUAUUCACGCUGUAUGCCCUGGCCUCCAACAUCAAACCUAAAUCGGAGAAUUCCUAUAUGGAAGACGACAUGGUGUACAUGGAUGUCGAUUAUACGCUGGAUGUAUACGAUACUUACAAAGCUUUUCCUGUUGCCUGUCUUGAGAACAAAGUGACCCUGUCGCCUUGCAGUGUCGAGAACAGAAUGGCUCUGAAGUUAUUCAAGGCUGCACUAACGCGCUUACCCAACACCGGAACAAGGGAAUGGCCAUUCUGGGUGCCUGAUUGGCGUAUGGAGCCGCAUAAUAGCGUAUGCUUUGUGGUGCAGGCUUUCGUGGAUGUCAUGAUCUGUGUGUACGCAAUAUCAGGGGAUUGCUUUGAGAUCAGACCAAAACCAUAUAAUAAGGAUUUUCUUGGAAUGGAUUGCACAAGCAUUGAAGAUGUAAAUGGUUCUGGAGAUCAUCUUCCCUCCAUCGUGAAGGUGGGCGUCGUUGACCCUGGUUAUCCAAUAAGCCAACUCCUGAAAUCAGCUGAAGCAAUCUGGGAGCCGAGGACUACGUCAGAAGAUGACCAAAUCAGAGAUGACGAUGAGUUCUUGUCAUUCUUUCUUGCCGCUAUGGCACAAUUGCAUAGCCGUCUUCCUGGCACGGGAGUAUACACAAAACGCGAAUUCCAAUUUGCCCUUGACUACUUAUAUGAGGGAAAUGUGUUUAGUAACAAAAUAGAAAACGAGGAAUUCAUGGAUGGAGAGAAGUGGAAAGGGAUGUUUCCGUUCCGUGUCAGUCAAUCAGUUCUUGGAGACGAUGGUUCGAAUGAAUUGCAAGGCUUUGGCUAUGGCUCAGGACAGGUACAGGAGGGUGACCGGUUGAUCGUAUUGAGAUACAGAGUGUUCAUUUCGCCUGGAUUUGUAUUUUGCACUCGAAUCCAUGAUGUACUCAUUCUGCAGAAAGUUGGGAAUAUUAAUGGCUCCGAUACUCGUCCAUCAUAUCGCCUCGUUGGCCAUGGGUUCUUCUGUGGGCCAGAAGAUGUGGAUUUUCCGACUGGACUGAGGUUUUUGUUGGUAUAG